AUUCUCCGCAGUAACGUAACUAAGAGCGGAGACUUUAGUAGGAGCCCUAAGAAGAGUUCUCUUUUCUUCUUAACGGUCUAUUACCCUGAAAUUGGUUUGUCUAGAGCUAGGCGCUGCACUUUUGCGGCGUUUAGUGCGCUCCUAACAAACCUUGAAAAUCCACUUAAAGAAAUAGUUUUUACGCUAGGUUAUACUUAUAACCGCAGCAGGUCUCUAAGGUAA